AUGGCUCCUUCCCCCAUCUCGAAACUAUCGCAAGAGCUUAUCGACAGGAUCAUCGACGCCCUGGUCGAGCCCAGCGAAGUGAACUUGGCAAGCUUAAACUCAAGCCCAAGCCACAAUAGCGCCCUCUUUAGCUCUUCGUUAAUCUGUCGUUCAUUUCGUGCUCGCUCGCAGAAACUUUUAUAUUCUCAUGUUACCAUUGACGUUCACCGUGUAGACUCGUUUUACAGAUUGAUCAUGGACAGUGGUAUCAUCGCGGGUUAUGUUGAAGACCUCGAGUUACUGCUGACCCACAAUGACUACAAAUGGUUGUGGGAGGAUCAGCGCUUCAUGAGAAUCAUGAAUGCGCUAGCGCUCCCGAGAUCAGCGUUACGGACACUGUCUCUCAGGACCAGGCAUGUGAUUCAAAAUAUUGAGGAUGGUCGCGCAAUGGUCCAGAAAUUCAUCAAACCGUUCAUUGGGCCAAAAAUCACGUCUCUUCAAAUAUAUGGACUGUCGAGCAUCCCAGUGGAAGUAGUUUCCAGCUGCGUUAAUCUUACCCAUCUCGUGUUAUCGUGGACGGGAGUUGACACAAGCUUUCUGGCUUCACCGGAAGUCGAGAUACUUUCCCGUCCGGUGAAACUGCGCCGCUUGACAUAUAAUCAUUCGCCUAAUGCCCUCACGAUGUUACUGGGUUGGAACGGAACCAGACCAUGCCUCGAUAUUUCGCAACUCACAAUCCUAACUAUCGGUAUAGAGGCAUUCAACAACCUGAGCUUCGAGCAAAGGAUUAUUGAUGCAACCGGUAACACUUUGCGAGAACUUCAUAUCACCGAUCUGGAGUGCCAUGAAAUAAAUUACACCGCCGACAGAUUUGUUAACUUGCGUGGUUGUUCGCAUUUACGCGUGCUCGAGCUGGACGUCAACUUUGGCCGGAGUGUGUUACUUGAAGAUGACAUGGACGAUCUGGAUAACAUUUGUCGCAUCCUAUCGAACAUACCCAAUCCAAACCAGCUCCACGACUUUCGCUUCACAGUCCAUGUGGGCUACUGGGUAAACCAGGAGCCGGAAGCCAUAUUAGAGGCGGACUGGGACAGAUUCUCCGAGCAAAUUCGAAGAUGUCUAGCAAGGAAAUCCGUGUUAUCGUUGCACAUGGAUUAUUUGCCGAGCGAUGAUUCAAUGGCGGAAGGAAAUACAAGCGACCACGAAGAUAGAAGGAGCACUUCCUAUAAAGUUCGCUGUGCAGAGGCGAUGGGAAAGUUGGUUAGAGAGAAAUUCAGCGGAUUCAGCACUGCGGAGGCUCUUAUCUCCAUUUUGACGACUUACAGCAUUUCCUCGUUUUAUUCCUAG